CCUCUUCCGGUCACACCAGUUACCUCUCAUCCGUUUUCGUUUUUCUUCCUAACACCCAAAAAAAAAAAAAAACGCUCUCUCGCUCGCUCAGCUGAAGGUGAUCGAUCUUCAUCUCCGUCUUAGAUUUGUGCAUCUUUGUCUAUUGCAUUUUACCAUUCUGGAUCUGGAAAUGUUGUUCUCUCUUCUGGGCAUUACCGUCUAGAUUCAGCUGGUUUGUGUUCCGGAUCGCACGAUUCGGCUUCUGAUCUUCCCACAAGGCAUACGUUAUUGGUUGAUUCACUCCCAUCUUUUGGUUGAUCAAUUCAGAUCUUUUUCCGGUGCCGAUAAAGCAUGUGUGGUCUCUCUAAGAAGUUGGAUACGGAUAAUAACACUCUUUCAUCGCUGUCAGACCAAGAGUGUGAUUCUGUGGCCAAACCCAUGAACGAUGCUGAGUGGGAACAUUCAUUCUCUGCCUUGCUUGAGUUCGCUGCAGACAACAAUGUGGAGGGCUUUAAACGUCAACUCUCUGUUGUGCCCUGUAUCAACCAGGAGGGUCUCUGGUACAGACGCCAGAGGUUUGUUAGAAAAAUGGUUCUUGAACAAAGAACCCCUCUGAUGGUUGCUUCGAUAUAUGGAAGCUUAGACGUUGUGAAGCUUAUUCUUUCUUUCCCGGAAGCGGAGUUGAAUCUGUCUUGCGGUCCAGAUAAAAGCACUGCUCUUCAUUGCGCUGCCUCUGGUGCUUCUGUGAAUUCCUUGGAUGUUGUCAAGCAGCUUCUGAGUGCAGGAGCAGAUCCUAAUAUCCCUGAUGCUCAUGGGAAUCGUCCUGUUGAUGUUCUCGUUGUGUCUCCACACGCUCCCGGUUUAAGAACCAUCCUUGAAGAGAUCUUGAAGAAAGAUGAGAUUAUUUCUGAAGAUCUGCAUGCCUCGUCAUCUAGCCUAGGAUCAAGCUUCCGGUCUCUCUCGUCAUCACCAGAUAAUGGCUCCUCCUUACUCUCUUUAGAUUCAGUAUCCUCUCCGACUAAGGUGAACGGGAUGGAUGGAACAUUUGCAUCAGAGAAGAAGGAGUACCCAAUUGACCCAUCAUUGCCCGACAUCAAAAGUGGGAUUUAUUCGACCGAUGAGUUCCGUAUGUUCGCGUUUAAGAUCCGUCCAUGUUCUCGAGCUUAUUCUCAUGACUGGACUGAAUGUCCAUUCGCACACCCAGGUGAGAAUGCCAGGAGAAGGGACCCGAGGAAGUUUCACUAUACAUGUGUCCCAUGCCCGGAUUUUAAGAAGGGUUCCUGUAAGCAAGGCGAUAUGUGUGAAUAUGCUCAUGGGGUGUUUGAAUGCUGGCUACACCCUGCUCAGUACAGAACACGAUUGUGCAAGGAUGGGAUGAGUUGCAACCGAAGGGUUUGCUUCUUUGCUCACGCAAAUGAGGAGUUGCGUCCCUUGUACGCUUCCACAGGCUCUGGCUUGCCAUCUCCUAGGGCUUCUUCUGCUGUUUCCACCUCUACCAUGGACAUGGCUUCAGUUUUGAACAUGUUACCAGGCUCACCAUCUGCUGCUCAACAUUCGUUCACCCCUCCAAUCUCUCCUUCUGGAAAUGGUGUUAUGCCGCAUUCAUCCAUGGGUUGGCCUCAACAGAACAUACCUGCGUUGCAUCUUCCUGGAAGCAAUAUCCAGUUGAGUCGCCUGAGAUCUUCUCUAAACGCUAGAGAUAUUCCUUCUGAGCAGCUUAGCAUGCUGCAAGAGUUUGAGAUGCAGCGUCAGCUCGUUGGCGAUAUGUCUAGUCCACGUUUUAUGAAUCAUUCCGCUCGUCCCAAGACCCUGACCCCUUCGAAUCUGGAAGAGAUUUUCUCAUCCGAGGUUUCAUCCCCUCGCUUCUCUGAUCAACUUGCUGUCUCAUCUGUUCUAUCGCCGUCCCACAAAUCCGCGCUUCUUAAUCAGCUUCAGAAUAACAAGCAGAGCAUGCUCUCUCCUAUUAAGACAAAUCUAAUGUCUUCUCCAAAGAAUGUGGAGCAACAUUCUCUGCUGCAACAAGGCUCGUCACCCCGAGCCAUGGAGCCUAUCUCCCCAAUGAACUCGCGGAUGAAACAACAGCUGCAUUCACGUAGCCUUAGCUCCCGUGAUUUUGGAUCCAGCAUGCCCCGUGAUUUAAUGCCGACUGAUUCUGGCUCGCCACUAAGUCCUUGGUCAAGUUGGGACCAGAACCAUGGAAACAAAGUGGAUUGGUCGGUACAGUCGGAUGAGCUAGGUCGGUUAAGAAAAUCUCAUUCCUUGGCUAAUAACAACUCGAACAGGGACGCAGAUGUUUCAUGGGUUCAGCAGCUGGUAAAAGACUCUGCAUCACCGAGGAACAACAGCAACCGAGUCAUGAACAUGAAUGGUGCGAGGCCAUUGGUUCAAGGUGGUUCGAGUGUGAACCCUCACAGUGACGGUCGUGAGGGCGACAUUCUUGAUGCGUGGCUCGAGCAGCUGCAGCUGGAUCGCUAACUCAGGGAAAGAGAGAGGUUCACGUUUCUGCAAGCGAAGCUGUGAAACUGUGAUGAUUUGUUUAUUUAUUAUUCAAGAAAGCACAACGGGAAGCCAAAUUCCGGGUAAGCGCUUUUUCGAUUCUAAUAACCCUAAAAGGCUCAGUUUUUUCAGACUCCUUUCUGAAAUUUCAUUUACUUUGUAUUUGUUUACAUCAUUAAAUUGAUUAUUGUCUCUCUGUUGUAGCAAAGGCCAAGUGUUCCCCUUUUGCCUCUUAUUAUUUCCCGUAUUUUUUUUUGGUAUUCUCGUCUGUCAAUUGUUUCUAAUCUCUCUCUCAUUCAUAUUUGUCAAACAACAUUGUAUGAGAAAUAAUAACAUACUGUUUUAGCUAA